CCCCGCUGGAGCCUGGAGCAAUGCCGGCCCCGUACUCGGACGACCUCUACUCCGGGGACGACAACCCCUGGGAUGACCAACAGGAGCAGCAUGACGAUGCGCUAUCGCCUACUGACGGCUACUUCCACGCGUCGUCGUCGUCUGGCCUAGAAGAGGCCGCAACCGUCCCCUUUGUGCCCAAUGUCAUGGUGGAAGACCCGACGCUGCAGGAGGAUCGUGCCGCUGCAAAGGCCAGAGAGGCUGAGGAGGAGAGGCUGAUAAAUACAUCGGCUUCGGCGUCUUCGUCAUCCCCAUCUUCUUCUGGCCACUAUCACAGACGGAGCAUUGACGAGGAGAUAUCGACGUUUCAGCCUACAAGUGCUGCAGGCCCGUCGCUCAAUCAGUAUACCAUCCAUCACCCACCGCCGGCUGAAGCACCACCUGCCUACUCCCCUCCCGCUUCCUCCCUGCCGCUGUCGUCCGGCUAUCAGACCUUUGCACCUCCACAGGCCGGUACGCAUCCUGGAACCAUGGGUGUGCCUGACGAGAACCAGACACUGCUUCCACGACAGCCCGAGUCUAUGGGUGGAGCCGUCAACGGAGCUCGGGAACCUCUGUGGCAAAGGAUUAAGAACAAGUUCAGCUCUUCCCUCACCAGGAAGAAGAUUCGGACAGCCCUUGGUGUCCUCUUGGUCAUCUCCAUCAUACUUGCCCUAUUUGGUAGCACCAUUGGUGUACACAGCCACAAGGCUCCUCCGUCUAACAAACCUCCUCCCAACAUGUCGUGGCCCCCGAGGAACAGCAGAGACUGCUUGGGCGAGCCUCACAGGUCUUCCAAGAUCAACGAGGUCAUCAGUUUUGGCAACAACAAGAAGCUAAGCAUCGUCGAGACAAUCGAGAAGGACGGUGGAAACCGUCGCGGGCUCCAGCCACAUGUGUACGGCGAGAUCAUCUUACAACCAGUUGACACCUCUUCCACCGGCAACAUUCAGCUCGAGAUCGUGACGAAUGACGAGAAUUUGCACGUUGGCGUUGAGUUUGAUAAGCGAGAUCAACGGUUCAAGGUCAUCAUUCCCCGUGUGGUCGAAUGGAGCGAGCCAAACCUGCAGCCGUGUGUACAGAUUCGAAUCACAGUAUUCAUUCCCCUUGAAGCUCAGCUCGACUCAUUUCUCGUCGACUCACUCCAUCUCGACGUCACCGUCAGGGAUGGCCUCGUCCUCAGCUCUGCCAGUGAUGCCCAGAUUAAAACCGUUGUGGGAGACGUCAACACCGGCCGCGUAUCAGGAGAUGUGGCGCCGUACACUCUGGCCUCGCGAAGCAUCAUAAUCGAGACUGUUAGCGGCGAUGUCGAGGGCUGGUUCCCCCUAUACGACCUUCUCAAGAUCCACACCGUUUCUGGCGACGUCAAGACUGACGUCACCCCGAAGCCGUCGUCUGACAAGAAGCCUGAACAAGCUGUGCUCAACAUCGACUCCAUUUCUGGGGAUAUCAAGGUGACGGAGCCUGUGAGCUACGGCCCCGAUAGCGAACGCGACGACAGGUUCCCGCCGCGAGACUAUGUCGUUGGCAUAUCGACUUCCUCUGGCGACAUCCAGGCCGAACUGGCUUUCACCUCAAGGGCCAAAUUCGAGACAGUAUCCGGAGAUCAAAGGGUGAAGCUGCUGCCAGUUUUCGGCUCUGGCUCCUCGGAACCCUUUCUUUCCACCGACACCAAGAGUGGACAGACUACCUUGACGGUCGCCGAGCCACUGUGGAAGAACUCUGCCGCCAGCAUCGGCGACUAUGACCCAUUGGCACCAUCCGUCCGCGAGGGUGAUGACGAGGAUCGCGAUGAGCCAUGGAUCAUCAUCCACCCCGACGAGCAGCCCAGAAGGCUUCCCUCGCCGCCACACAUGGACCUGAAGCCAGGCAUGGCUACAACUGAUGAAGACGACAAGCAUGGUUUGAUCAACCUCAAGUCUCACCACGCAUCCGUCAGUGGCGACUUUAGGCUCGACUAUCCCUCCUCGUGGGAGGGCAAGUUUGCCAUGACUACCUUUUCUGGCUCACAGGACAUUCGAGGAGACGACCUGGAUUAUAAGCGGGCCAAGGGCAUCAUCAAGCGGAUCGACGGCACCAAGGGCCAUGGCCAGUCGAGCAUGACUGUCGACUCCAUGUCUGGUCGUGAGGAGCUUGUGUUUGGGAGUGCUUGA